AUGGAUCACGAAACCAGCGGUGCACAAGAAUGGCAACUGCCAGGUUACAGUCGCGUGCCAGAUCAGGUUCGUGUCCCUGCGACAGCCUCUGUUCCAACAGCUAUCCAGGGUCCCGCAUCUCGUCCUGCCCAAGGUCAGGUGAUAAAGGCCAAUCAUCAAACUAGCGCACAAAGCCAUGGUGCUUCUACCCUCAUUAAGCCUCUUGCAAAAUCUGUUGGCCUAGGAAAUGCUUUCCCGACAAGAGGAAUUCAAGGAUCAAGAGGUCGAGGCAAUCCCUCUUUUAUGCGGGGACUAUCUCGAAAUAGUCAGCUCCAACUUCCAAGUCGCUUUCCAAAAGAUUCUCAGGCAAAGGCAAAGUGGAGAGCUGGAUUAAAACCCACAGAAACAUUCGAACUUCCUUCUCGUUACGGCACAUACAAACAUCACAUUAUUCAAGCUGGCAGAGAGGUUUUUGGUGGGACUCCCAUUGGAAACCAAGGAAAGUUUGAAGUAUUUGAAGAGAUUUCCCAGAAGACGGGUGCAUUUGUCAAACAGCCAUCCUAUAACGAUAAGGAAGUUUGUGUGUGGGGAGAGCCACAACAGGUAGCUGCUGCAAAGGAUUUAAUUCUACAAAUCGUCAAUCUCUGCAAUAAUGCCUUGGCGUACCCAAGGAAGAGACAAGACUGGGCAAAGGUCUCCGCUCAUUCUGUGGCCAAGGAAGACCGCAUUGAUAACAAGGAAAAACGCCAAACGCUUACUCAACAGCUACGGCGAGCCCCUGAUUCAUCAUUCAAAAUUGCUGAGAAGUUGCUCUUCCUCUGGCCCAAUGGGGAACUUCCUAUGAGAGAGGUGUUAGGUUCAGAACUUGAAGUGCUGGACCCUAUUCGAAUCGAGUUUGGCUAUCAUAUCUACAUCUUUGAAGAAGUUCCAGAGUAUAUCUGCGUGGUCGGUCAAGAUCAUGAGGCUCUGCGCGAGGUUGCUCGCCGUCUCAGGACCAAAUGGCAUGAGUUAAUGGCGACAUCGAACGUCAGGUCAAAGGUGUACCUCGCUCAGCCACCGCAGCUAGACACCAUGAGGACUGGAAUUUUCGUCAAGAAUAUCCAGGGCUUGGCGAGACCCUCUCUUUCUGGGAGUCUCUUGAAGGAUUUUCAGCGCGGGCCAUGGCAAGAGCGUCGCAUACUGAUCCAAUCGAAGAACGACGCUCGUCUUCUCAGCGCAGUUGAACGAUCUCUGCGAGGACUCCCAUUCUUUCGUGGCCAUCUGCGAAUGAGGGUAAACAUCGGUUCGUUCAUCCUCGAUGAGUACCGUCUGCCAAAGAACGCACAGACAGGGUACUCCUUCGAAGAGUUCAGAGAAAUGUUGCUGCAUGAGAAAACGAGGGGACGUUUGGUACCUGGAUGUUCUCUUGCUUCGCAUCUACUGGAACCACUUGGCAAGGCGACUCUAUCACUGGGAGAUGUAGAGCCAAAGUACACGGUGAACUUUGAGUUUGAUGGAUCAUACAAUGCCGUUUUGCGUCUCGAGGCCGAGUUUGGUAGACAUGGUGGUGCACAGGAAUAUGAGGUUGCCCAGCGCCGCUGGGUAAAGUCGCAGUCAUCAGGACAGUUUACUGACAGAAGGCCACCUCUUCAGGCUGUAGUAGUCGAUUCUGAACGUGCCGACUGGCAGUUGGAAAUCAGAGCGGUUGAAUUCCAUGAUCCUUCAAACCUUAGCCUAGCUAUCCAAACCUUCAACCGCGAACUUGCUUUCCGAAAGGGAGUUGCUAGUGAGACACUCUCUACCAAGCCGAGACGCAGAGUCAUCAUUCCAGAAUGGGCUCCUGUGUGUCGCGUUAUUGAAAAAGCCGCCGUUCAGUACCGCCUCAAAGGUACAGAUUACACUUUAGAAAUCGCUCGUUAUGAUGAGUAUCGGCGCAACAGUCCUUCCCUUAGAAUGUCUGAUGUUCCUUCGAGCACAUGGGGGGCAUCGAUAUUUUCUGCGAAUUGGGACAACCUCUUGGGACAGCAUGCCAACGUGAAGGUUGGAAAAGUUGCAAGCUGGACUCCAACUCUGAACACCUUUUUCCAGGCAAAAGAAGGUCAGGAUCCCUCGGACAUGCAGGCGGGUUUCUGGCGUUUCAUCAGCCUGGCUAAAGAUGUGGCGGCACUACUCGGGAAACACCAGGAGAAGAGUGCUCAGACCGACGCAACAAACAUCAGUGUGCCGGGUCCGAAUAAUCUCAAGAGCACCGACACCAGCAGCCAGGCAUCCUCACAGAGUUUGGCAUUGAACGAGGCACCAAAAGUUCUGGAUGCUGAGCUAGGAACUAUGUUCUAA